AUGCCGACGCGGCGGAAGAAGGCGCGCACGCAGCGACAGAUACGCUCGUACGCGCGCUACGUGCGCUCCCUCAUGCGCACCAUACACCCCAGGAGGCGUAUUUCCAAGGCCGCCAUCGACGUCAUGGACUCCUUCCUGUCCGACAUGCAGGCACGUCUCUCGCUGUUAAAACACCAUACUCUAUUUAUCGUAUAUACUGGCGUCGUCUGUGAUGUUUCACAACUUCCAAGAGUGCGGCUGAGCGAGGAGGCGCGUCGGUUGUGCCGCAAGGCGGGCCGGCGCACGUUGAAGGCGUCGGACGUGUGCGCCGCGGUGCAGCUGCUUCUGCCAGGGGAGCUGGCGGUGCACGCGCGGCGCGAGGCGGAGGCCGCGCUGCAGCUGGCCGCCGCCAGCAGAGCCACGGCCGGCGACAAGGCGGGGGCAGCCACGGCCGCCAGGACGCGCUCCCAGUCGCUGCCGCCCUCCUGA